GCUACGACUAUUUUUGAAGUUUCAUUCUAUAUCCACUGUUUAUUUCGCUAAAAAACAACUUCGUUAAAAAUACAGCAUAGAAAACAUACGAGUAGUUUGUGAAACAGUGUGAAAACUAUGCAAAGUGUGCUGAUACGGAAGCGAAACGAAGUAAAAAAAUAAGGAUCAGUGAAUAUUUUUGCAUCAACGCGAGCGCUUGCUUUUUAAACGCAACGGCCGAAAUACGAAGAGACAUACGUCAACGGCGAAGAUUCGCGGAAGAGCAGCUGCAUAUCUCAUAUUAAGUGCUGGGUGAGCGUGUUUUAUAAGAAACACGAGUAAAAAAUUGCAAGGAUCUGAUUAUCGCAGUCGAGGUAGAGAAAGUUAUUGUCCAGAAAGUAUACGCCAAACGAGAAACAAUGGACCCCUUCACGCAGCGUAUGUUAGAACGUGCAAAGGCUAGGAGAGAAAAACUGGACACCCAACUGUCUAAUGCUGGUCAUGAUGUUAUAAGAAGACGUAGUCCUCUCAAAGAUGCUAAUGCUCUUUUAACUCAAGCACCAGUCAUUACAGAAGCUAUUGCUAAAAAAUCACCUAUGAAAACAAGCUACUCUUCUACUUCCCCAACUGGAUCUCCAGCAAAAACUACAAGAAAAACUUCUCCACUUAAAAGUCCAAUAAAGAAUGAUUUACAGACUAAUAAAGAGAAUGGACAAGCACCAGCAUCAAGUGUCAAGUCCAAGUUACAAAGACUAGGCAAAUUAUAUUCUGAUGAAAGUAGAGAACUUUUAAGUUCUCCUAUCCAUAGGACAGAAGAAAAGUUUGCUGUUGAAGAUCUGAAAGUGGAUCCAAAAUCUGCAAAACCUUCUGCUAGAUUAAAUAGAUUAGCUGCUCUGGCUAAUGAAAUAAACAACAGAGAAGACGACCUAUCCCACCCUACAAUUGUAAAAACAACUGUUAGUAAAGCAGAAAGAGUUCAAGCAAAGCUCAAUGAACAAGUAAAAAGUGGUUCAGAGCUUCAACCAAGUAUAGGUGAUUUGCAUAAAAACAAUACCAACAAAAGUAAUAGUUCCUUAAGACCCAUGAAAUGGGAUAAAUCAGUUUUAGAAAACUUGGAGGCACAGGGUUUUAGUCGUACUAAAAGCAACUCUCGCCUUGUGUAUGACUAUCAGGCUUGUUCUCAGGGGUCAAAUGGAAGCAACAACCAGGGAAAAUCACCGACUAAAUCGUUAACUAAAACGGCCUCAACUAGUGCUCUUCGAAUAAUCGCUGAAAAGAAAGAAACGAGUCCAGCGAAAACGACAACUGCGAAAACUCCGGAAAAGUCAAUAAAAUCUACCGGUAGUACGGCUGGCUCGCCUGCUGUUAGUAAUCCACGAUUGAAUUCGAGAUUCGGUCAUAAUGGUUCCUCCCCUAAAACUUCGAUCAUACAGUCGCCAGGUUCAGUUCUCAGUAAGGCUUCGAUGUUUGAGUCCAAGGGUUCAGCUACGAAAACAAAGGACCCCGCUGAAAUGACCCUGUCUGAGAGAAUGGCUCUCUUUGAGAGAAACAAGGGUGAAGCUCUGAUCCCGAAAGCUCCGCUCACUAUGUCUGUGCCCACCAAGAUGUUACAAGAAAAGGAUAAGUCGAUGCUUAGUCAUAGUGGAGAAUCACCUUCAAAAUUAAAAGCGGAUACUGGCAAGGCUGUUGAAGCCCAGCGAUCAAUUUUCGAGCAAGGUAUUCGUACCCAAGAGCUCGAAAAUAACAUUUUACAGAAUGUAAAAACUGAAAGACAGCGUGAGUUGGAAAUGCUACGUUCUCGAUUUAAUCGUCAACGUGAUAAUGCGGCAACAUCUGUUAGCUCAAGUUUUCGUACUAGUGAGAGCAGCGAAGGCAAACCCAUCUCACCAAAGAAUUCACCUAUUUGUCCUGUAAAACCUACUCCGGCUGAUCAAGCACCUCCACCACCACCACCUUUACCAAGUGCACAGAAUUGUAAACAAAAGAACUUAUUGUCAGGACCUAAAAAUUCACCAUCAAAAAAACAAGUGGCUAACAGCCCUCUGAAAACAUGCGGUCAUUUGAAAAAACUAACUGAUGUAAAACGUGUAAAAAUAUCACCUGCUAAAUCAGGUCACCUUUACCCAGAUCUUACUCGAAUUGAAUCAAGCUCUGAAGACACUGAGACUGAAAUUACUACUGACAGUACUGAGGCAACUACAGCUACACUGGAUGAACGUACCGAUACUCAAACUGAAACAGAAGCAGACUAUUAUUUAGAGAAUCAGUAUGAUGGUAAUCACAGUAGUGACUAUGAUGAUGAUGAUGAUGAUGAUGAUGAUGAUGUUGAUGAUGUUGAUGAUGAUGAUAUUGGAAAUACUAGUCUUGGACGUAGUAUUUUACAAGUUGUUAGUCAACAAAAUUCAGCUAGUAAAAGGAGACCGAUUGAUCCUGAUCCUGAUAGUACAACAUCAGAUAUUUCAGUUCUUGAUGAAAUGGACGAGUACCUUGACGAGUGUUUAGCUUUGCAAGAAAAUGGAGAAGAAGGGCCUACUCCUGCUAAACUAAAUAGAGGUGGCAAAAGUCCAUCUGCUGCUUCUCACAGUUUCAAAUACACUAAAAAUUCAUCCUAUCGUUCGCCUAUCAAAAUUACUUCUCCAGCUGCAUCACCAAAGCCAAAUGAUCAGUAUGUUGUGGAAGGCGAUAAUUGUGUACCAUUACUGCACAGUAUUAGUUUAUACAGAAAGCAGCAGUCUCAGACUCCUAAAACACCAGCGCGAGUUAUUUCUCGUAUACCUGAUGUAGAUUCCGUGUCAUCUUAUAGUUCAUCUGAUGAUAGGGAAUCCGUUCUUGUGCAAGACAAAAUCAAACGAUUGCUUGAAGAGGUACAAAAACAACAAGCUAUCAUUGGUCAGGCUAGUCAAGCUUUAAAUUUGUGCAAUUCGACUAUUGAAUUCAGCGGUUCACGGGAACAGGUUGAAGGAGAAAGAUUGUUGCUGGUUGCAACUCAACGAAGACUAUCUCUAAUGAACGAAAUUCAGCGCUUAAAAGUAGAAGGUACAAUACAGCCAGUUGUGCCAGGAGCUCCAGAAUUACAAGAGAGUGGGUCUUUGACGAUUUCUGCUAUUACUUUACCAUUAAAACAAGACUUUAUCCACAAUGUGGACUCAGACAAAUGCAUUCAUUUUGUAUGCCUGGUGCGUUAUUGGGACUCAGUAAUAGCUACUCCAGUAGUUCAAGUUCAACCGGGAGACUCUUGUUUACGCUUCCCUUCCACUUUAAAAAUUCAAGAAUUAUUCAGUGACUUCAGAGUUACAAUUGAUAUUUACUCUUUGCAGACACGUGCAGAAAUUCUUCCUCACGAAAUUAAAUAUCAUAUUCACAAUUCUACCAGCAAUCAUUCUUCCAAAGAUAAGAAGAUCGGAGGUAAAACGCCUAAAAAGUUCAAACAGGAAAGUAAAUUAACUAUGCCUAAUCUUCAAAGUCCAGCUGGACCAUCAGCAGUACGAACAACUUCCUUUUCACCCACUGGAUACGUAAUCUUCAGUUUGAAAGAAGUACAAAGACAACACUUUACAAUCAACAAGGUCCCGCCUUUGUCUCCUUUGGAAGGACAUUUACAGAUGCACGUAUCGUGUGAGUUAACUGUUGCCGUAGAACAUCAUGGUUUCUUAACCAUGUUUGAAGAUAUUUCUGGAUUUGGUGCGUGGCAUCGAAGAUGGUGCUUACUCAAAGGAGCUACGUUAUCUUAUUGGAAAUAUCCUGACGACGAGCGCAAAAAGACUCCCAUAGGAAGUCUUGACCUUCAAAGCGUUACUACGACAAACGUGAAUUUAGUAUCUCGAGAUAUUUGCGCCAGGCUACACACCUUCUUACUGGAAACAAGAAGACCAGCUCAACCUGGUGAUACUGAUAGUCUUGUUAUGGUUCGAAAUGGUCCAGAAACAACGAUAAGGCAUCUUCUAUCAGCCGACACUAAGGAAGAUAGAUUAGAAUGGUGCGCUAAACUGAACAAAACCUUGCAUUUAAUUCGUGCAUGGGGUAGUCCGUUGACAUAAUCAUAUACAAUUGACAAUUAAUAUAUAUAUAUAAAGUAAGAUUAGUUUAAUUAUUUUAUAAAUUAUAUUUUUGCCAACAACGAUUGUGUACUUGAAAGUACAAAGUCAGAUUAUGCUAUUUGUGAGAACUUGACAGUCGAUUAAAAUUUUAAUUAUACUUACUUCAGAUUAACAUUAAACUGUUAAAUAUUGAAAUGAACGGUUAUAAGAAAAUAAUUCAAGUUCAAGACGAUUUUCUGUUACAUAUAAAUUGAUAAUUAGACAAAAAAUUAUAAAUUUGUUUAUUUUAUAAAAAUAUUGUUUACUUUGCAAGACUAUAGGCGACUACUUAUUGGAAUUUUUAUUCCAUACUAUUAUUUCUCAAGGCUAAAUAAAUUGCGUGCUAUGUUUUAUUUUUUUUCAAAUUACAUACCAGCUACAAAUAGUUCAUGCAAACUAUACUGUUAAUCUUCAUUUAAUCAAAAAUACUUUCUUAAUGAAUUGCUAAUUUUUAAUUACUGUAAAUAGUAAAAUAGAAAUACUCUUAUUACAGACAAUGGAUUUUUGUAACA